AUUAUGUUUGUGAGUGAAGACAAGAUGGCAGCUCGCAUGGGUGAAAUACGGAAGUGAAUGACAACAAAUGUUUUCGAUGUAUCACAGUUUUCUGCAGUAUUAUAUAUGAACUUAUUUGACAUCAGCAAGACAUCAAUACAAUUACAUGUUGAUACCUACAGAAUUGUACAAAAUAAUAGAUCAGAGUUGUGCUAGGACCAGGUACUGUAUUGUACGUCAUAUCAAUAUAUGAAUUCAUGUUGAUGAACAAGAUGGCAUAAACAGGUAUAGAUUAGGAUCAAUUUAGUCACAUCCCACAAUGGCGUUGUUAGAUGAUCCCUCCUUCAUCAUAUCGCACAUUCGUCAUUCCUUCAUCACAAGUGAUGAUACCGGAAUGUGCGAGAUGGUGAUCAUGAAUGAGGAGGUUGAUCAUAAUAGCAAAAAGCGGGAACUUCAAGCAAAGAAGACAACCCCGUGGUCAACGUACUGUGUGCCAGAGAAUGAUUCUGAAAAAAUUCAACAUUACUUUGAAAAUCCAGUUAUGGAAGAUGUGACAAUAUACAAUGAGUCGUAUGACAUAGAAUCUUCUUUUGAUAUGGGCUUCAGGCAGCGCACCAAUACAGCAGUGCGCUUGGAGAAGUUACGGCGUGAACGCAAGAUACAGAGCCAAUGUAAACGUGUUCAGUGGCGUGAAAAUGAACAACAACUCAGUGCUGAAGAUCUGAAUGUACUGUUUGCCAAGAAAGAGGUUGUGCCACCGGUAAAAAGUGUAAAAUCAGCUCUUGCGGUUCAACUUGAACAAUUUCCUAACCAAACUAAUAAUCCAUUUUCAGAGUAUAGUAAAUUUGAUGGCAAGGCGCAUAUAGGCUCUGGUAAUGUGAAGAAGAUUAACAUCUAUUUCACCAUGGCAACUGCAGACAAAGCCCUCCAACCUCUGGCGGUAUAUGUGUUGUGUUCUGCCAAGGUUCUUGACCUGGUUGGCCUACUGUGCUGGCAUUACACUAAUAUAGGAGGAGCACAGGAGCCGUUAAGUGAGAAUGUGGAGUCUUAUUGCCUUAUGAUAGCAGAGGAGGAUGGUGAAGUAGAUACUGAUUUUCCCGCUUUGGACAAUCGAGAACUAAUAGCCCGAUUUGGUUUCCCAACACUUGCCCUAGUGGAGUUGAAUCCAAAGUCUGUGAAGCCAAGUCAAAAGACUGACCAAGUUGUCGUAAACAUUACAUCAUCUGAUGGAGCUUCAAAAAUACCCCUAGAUAAUGCGAAUAUAACAAUGAGAGAAGUGUUACAGAAAACACUACGACGGCGGAAGGGGAUCAUUCCAAAAUCUGGUCCUCAUUACACUUUGGAAAAGGAGUGUUUCCCAGGGGAGAAAGUUGAUAUGGAUAGCACACUGCACGAUAUGAACACACUAAACUUUGUAUUAGUUAGAGAACAUAGCAAGAGAGAAUCAAUAUCAUUUAUUCACGAGAGUCCCGGAAAUGCUCCAGUUACAUGUGAAUCCCCAUUAGUCCUUAGUUCACAAUACAAGUCCUACCAGAUACAAAUGCUGCAUAGGAACGUACUUAGACCGCCAUCUGGAGUUGACUUUGGUUUAUCUGGGGAGAAGAUUGAGAUUGUACCAAUAAUGCAACAGAAGACUAAAACGUCAAAGUUAUGGACCAAGCAGAAAGCAUAUUCAAUCAGCUCAGACAAAUUAGCAGACUGUACCAUUGUUUCUGAAGGGAAGUCAGGGAAAUCAGUUUUCCGACUUGUGUACCUGGCAACUAGCCGUGAUUUCAAGUAUCAUGAAUUUGAGUCAAAAACAGAAGACAUUAAGGAAAUAGUUGCGAAAAUCACACAGGUCCUUGAUUUACGAUCGAGUCAAGUUCGAAGAGAUUACUUGUAUCUCCACAGUAAAAAACAACAGAAGAAACAAGAAAAAUGAUGAUGAGGAAUGGAAAAAACGAUAUAUGAAAAAAAAAUAAAUAAAGAACACCUUGCAAAUAAAUGAUUAAUGUCUCAAGAGAAGGCCACAUGUUGAGAAGAAAUAACCUAAGUUAAAUCAUAGCUUAAACUUUAAUCUUCCUAAUUCAAACUUAAUGUGGUUUUACUUUGCGUAAUCUUAACAUUUACGCAGGGCAAUAUUUGCCAUUAUAAUGGAAAACACUUAGACCAAUUAAAAUCUUAAGACCAAGAUGCUGUGAAAAAAUGUAUAUAUAAGCAGAACAGAUGCCAAUUUGAAGCAAGUAAAUGGCAAACUGUUAAUUAGCAUUCUAAUUCUAAAGUCUGUGAAAAUAAGAAAUUACUCUAAAGGCCCAUAAAUAUUUGGAAAAAAGAAAUAAUGAUAAAAAUAAGUGGUUCAAUUCAUAUAAAAAAAAAUAAAAUGAUAGUCCAUAUGACAGUAUGAGAAAAAAAAUAUGUAAAGAAUUGAUAAAAGUUUUACUGUCUGAUUGCAGAUGUCACAUGACUGGAGAAAAAUGAUUCGAAGUCACAUGGUCAGGAGAUUUAUAAACCAAAAUAAUAUUAGAUUUAUUACUUAUCUGUAAAUACCAAUGAUCGUAAUAUAUUGCUAAAAUUUGAUGUUUCAAUGUGGCUUCAUCUGUGUCUCUACCAAUCUAUCGUUCAGCUUACUUACACAAAACUCAAAUAAAAAGAGGUCCUUUCCUCAUUGGUGAAUUUGAAUUUCCUUUAAAAGGCAUAAAAACUUACGAAAUAUGCACGACUUUGAGUUUGCGAGAUGAGUAUAGAAUUUUCUUAUUACUCAUGUCCUCGGAGAUAGAAUUUUCAUGUGUUUGUUUAACUCAGGAGUUAGAUGGAUUGUAGUAUUAAAUGCAUUUCUACCCCGAUAACCGGAAGAAUCAGCCACUAAAAAUACUAAGGAAGUUUAAUCGAUCCUCAUUAAGUUAAGUAAUUAACGUGCUGUUAUACAUCAAAAUUUCCGAAUUUUAUUAAUUUUAGCAGAUGAUCGCAGAUUAUGCCAUCAAUUAAAAUUAUCCACACGAAUAUACAAGGAAAAUAUUCAUGGACACGUUCAUCAUCAAUUCCACAUAGAGAGUUUAGUUUUGUCUUCUAGCGAACUUCUCAAGAUGUAUAACUUAAAUGGGUUUUUUUUAAGGGGUAUCUGAAAGCUGUUUCCAUCACAGAGUGAUUUUUUAGUAAUAAUAUGACGAACCAAUCUGUCACGUUAAGGGUAAGCAGAGAUUAUCCACAACAGGUCGAUGCAACCGCCAGACAUUCAACUGUAAAUAAUAGUUUAAACUUGAACUUAAAAACAUCUGCUGGAUCCAUUAUGUUGUGAGGUAACAAAUGCGUGUAUUGGUGUACAUGUUUGACUUGCGUGAUUUAUCAAACGGCGUCAUCCGAUUCAACGCUUUGAAAUGUUGCACAUAACUCACGUUGUGUCUGUGCAUCGACAUGAAUGGUCGAUCUAGGUUUGCAUGUUGCUGUAAUUAAACUCGAAAAUCAUUUACAUUUGAUAUCAAAUUUAAUUUAAAUAACAUGAAACCGUCGUUUUUGUAUUUUUUCACAUACAUAAAUAAGAGAGAGUAUUAUUUUAUGAAUUAUAAUUGUUAUCCUGUAUUUUAGUAUUAUGAUUAUAGUUACGAUUAUGAUAUUAAUAUUAUCAUUAUUGUAAUUAUUGCCAGUACUAUAGUUAAUAAUAAUUGUAAUAUUUCAUUGUCAUGAUUAAUAUAAAUGCAACUGAUAUUAUAUUUAUUAUUAUUAAUAGAAUUAAUAUUGUUAUUAUCUUUAUUAUAAUUCAGUCAAUGAUCUUUAUUAUUUUUGUUGUAUAAUAAACCUACCAAAGCAAUUGUAAAUAUAAAUGUAUUCAAGAGAAAGGCGACAAUAAGAAAUGAUAUAGUUCGCAAUUGAAUAAAAAAUGGAUUCAAAGAGUAUUCAUUUAGUGACAA